AUGAACAAAUACUUCUUGUUCCUCUUCCCCCUUUGCUGCCUCAUUGUGGCAGUGACAUCACUUCGGUGCAUAACAUGCCACCUUCGCACACGGACAGACCGCUGCAGAAGAGGCUUUGGUGCCUGUACUGCUCAGAAGGACGAGGCAUGCAUGCUCUUAAAGAUCUACCAGGGCAAUACUCUGCAGAUAUCAUACAUGGUGUGUCAGAAAUUCUGCAGAGACAUGACAUUUGAUCUCGGGAAUCGGACUUAUGUUCAUACAUGCUGCAACCACAAUUACUGUAACUUCCAACUCUAA